AUGAAUGUCCUGCAGUUUGCUGCUACGUUCUUUUCCUUCAUCAGCCUUCUGUUCCUGCUUGCUGCUUUGGGUUCAGACUAUUGGAUAGUGGAUUCCAGCAAACAUCUUGGUCUAUGGAAAUUUUGUGAUCAUGGAACAUGUUACUCACUAGGUGUGAAAUCAGUGUCAGCCUUUAUACAUGCCACCCGAACCUUUAUGUUUCUGGGGAUGAUCUCUGGAGCUGUCUCUCUCGUUGGGCUUUGCACCCUGAAUGGAAAAUGCAGUCUUGCCAAUAUCGGUAUCUCAGCAGGCUGGAUCGCAUAUAUUGGCAGCUUUAUUGCAGGCUUCUGCGUCAUGAUUGCCAUGUCCAUUUUCACAGGAGAGUUUGGUCUCACAAACCAAUAUGGAUGGUCUUUCGGCUUAGGCUGGGCCUCUUUUCCAUUGUACCUUCUAACUGGUUCUCUUCUUUAUAAAUUGCAUAAGAGUACAGCAACAUCAGCAUAGGAGAAAUAUGGUACUGCCUUUGGAGAUGACCAGUG